UUUGUUAUUUUGUUAACCAUUCUAAAAUGUAGACUGAGCUAGGUUUAACGUUAUCUAAAAGGGAACACUCGAGAUUUGACCUGACAUAUAAUAGAUAGAACGAGACUUUUAUAACUUAGUCUGGGAUAUAACGCUGGUGGACUAUAGUUCAAAUAAUGGCUUGUUGCGGAAAAGGACCCGGCUAUGCCUCACCGAUGGACGCCAUGAAGAAUGGCCCCCGGGAGGAGAUAGUCUACAUCCCAUGUAUUAUACCCCCACAGACCAGAUCCAACAGACCGGAUUAUCUUGUCACCGUCAAUGUUGAUCCCAAAUCCCCAGAUUAUUCAAAGAUAAUACACAGAAUGUACCUACCACAUAUCCAGGACGAGGUUCACCACACCGGAUGGAACGCUUGUUCAAGUUGUCAUGACGACCCGUCAAAAUCACGUAACCGCUUGAUAAUGCCAUGUCUCGGCAGCAGCAGAGUGUACGUUGUAGACGUUGGAUCGGACAAAUACGCUCCAAGAAUACAUCAC